AUGCCCGCCGCGGACGUGGACCGCCAGAAGAGUCCCAAGUCUGCGCACGAGCACGGAGUUCGGCUCGAAACCGGGCGGCGAUUGUCCCGGACCUUGUGGAAGCUGGCGUGCGAGGAAUGGCACAUGAUACGGAUCUGUGCCGUCGUGGUGGCAUUGUCAACUCGGGGCGGCACUAGUGCCGACCGCAUGAACCGGACGCCAGUGUCGACGGAAUGGGAGGACUUGGCGUGGUACGAGCAGCGCUUCAUUGGAGCCACUUUGCUUGUCCUGGAGCCCUAA